AGUGUAUUAACCAGGCGUGGAAUUACAAGGAACCAGAGAGGGAUGCGAAGUCUCUUUAGAGAUGACAGCACGAUCGGUCAGAAUCAAGUCUGUCAGUCAUUCAGACCCAUUUAUUCACAUUUGUAGAAUCACAGACUCCAUCGAUUAAGAGCUUGGACGGCAUGCAAAGUUGUGAAAUUUCCACAGACAGCACUGAUGAUCCUCUUAGAAGCCGCUUCCGUUUUCAUCGGCAGCCUCGAAUAGUAGUCAUUGGCGCUGGCUUUGCCGGACUUGCUGCAGCUAAGGCCCUACUGAAAAACGGCUUCACGGAUGUCAUUGUCCUAGAGGCUACAGGCCACAUCGGUGGGAGAGUUCACAGUGUUCAGCACGGUAAAGCUAUUUUGGAGCUUGGAGCCAACUUUAUCCAUGGUGACCAGGGGAACCCAGUGUACCACCUGGCUGAAGAGAACGGGCUGCUGGAGAACACCACCGAUGGAGAGAGGUGCAUGGAACGCAUCAGCCUGUUCUCCAAGAACGGCGUGUCCCAUUACCAGACCUGUGAUGGGAAGAGGAUCCCCAAGGACCUGGUGGAGGAGUUCAGCGACGUGUACAAUGAGGUGUACGAGCUGACUCAGGAGUUCUUCCAGAAUGGGAAGCCAGUGUGUGCCGAGAGUCAGAACAGUGUUGGAGUCUUUACACGAAGUCUGGUGCGUAAGAGGAUCAUGCUGGAUCCCGAUGAUUCUGACAGUGUCAAAAAAAUCAAGCUGUCGAUGCUUCAGCAGUACCUCAAGGUGGAAAGUUGUGAAAGCAGCUCUCCCAGUAUGGAUGACGUGUCUCUGAGUGAGUUUGGUGAGUGGACAAAGAUCCCUGGCGCUCAUUAUGUCAUUCCUGACGGCUUCAUGAAGAUCUCGGAGCUCCUGGCCCAGGGUAUGCCCUCCAACACCAUCAACUUUAAUAAACCGGUCCGCCGCAUCCACUGGAACUACUCGGCCCAACACCAGGAGGUCAUCGCCAAGAGCCACGACACAAACCAGAACAACAACCACAAUGAAACUAACCACCGCUCCCAACCUCAGGAGGACCGUCUGAUCCUGGGUCACCCCAUCUACGUAGAGUGCGAAGACCAAGAGUGGAUCGCGGCCGACCAUGUGAUCGUGACGGCUUCCCUGGGCGUGUUAAAGAAGAAUCAUGAGACCAUGUUCUCCCCUUCUCUGCCUGAGGACAAGGUGCUCGCCAUUGAGAAAUUGGGAAUCAGCACCACCGAUAAGAUAUUCUUAGAGUUCGCUGAGCCCUUCUGGAGCCCCGAGUGCAACAGCAUCCAGUUUGUGUGGGAGGAUGAGGCUCAGAUGGAGGAGCUGGUCUAUCCAGAAGAGCUGUGGUACAAGAAGAUCUGCUGCUUUGAUGUCGUCUAUCCGCCCGAACGCUACGGCUACGUGCUGUGCGGCUGGAUCUGUGGGCCAGAAGCGCUGUAUAUGGAACGCUGUGAUGACGAAACAGUGGCUGAGACCUGCAUUGAUCUGCUCAGGCGUUUUACAGGGAACCCUGACAUUCCAAAGCCCCGGCGUAUCCUGCGUUCGUCAUGGGGCAGCAACCCAUACUUUGGAGGGUCCUACUCCUUUACCAGGGUUGGAUCCAACGGAGGGGACUUCGAGAGGCUGUCCAUGCCCCUGCCUUACGCCAACAGCACCAAGGCUCCGCCAUUGCAGAUCCUUUUCGCCGGAGAGGCCACUGACCGAAAAUACUAUUCCACUACCCAUGGUGCUUUGCUGUCAGGCCAGAGAGAGGCAACUCGCCUGACGGAGAUGUACCAGGACUUGCACAGAGCUGAAACCACAAAGCCUAACAUGUAAAAUAUGAGGAACCUCUGACUAGUGAAGAGGUUAAACUGUUCAUUUGGAGGCUUUUUCUCUUUGUGAUUAAAUUGUACCUAAAGCUUAGCCCGGGCAUUACAUUGAUAACAAAGGGGUUGCUAUAUUGUACUGUAGAAUCAAAUCAUACUAAAUUUUUAUUUCAAGUGUACUGUUAAAAUGUUGCCAAUGGUGCUGUCAUUUCCUGUCCUUAUCAUUCUGUCAAUAUGUUGUUUUUUAAUCAGUAAUUUAAUGUUUAUAAUAACAGCAUUGGUAAUUUAACUUUUUUGUAAGUGCCUUCUGUAUGUAAUGUUAUGUUAUUUCAAAAAUAAUUCAGAUAAAAAGGAGGAAGUUUUAACAAAAUUAAAGUUCUAUCAUGAUCUAACACGA